AUGAUAAAACAAGCAACAAAACCUGAUUAUAGUAAAAUGAGUGAAGGUGAAUUAAAACUUUUACUCAAAAAGCAUCAACAACUAUUAAAUAAUACACGCUUAAUCAAUGGUCUACCGGACAAAGGUCAACGUAUACAUAAUGCGAUAGCCGAAAUCGAAAAAUUUCUUGCAGUGCCAUCAUCACCUAUGGAUUGUGAUACUAUAACAAAUCAAUUUAGUCAAAUGACAAUGUCAUCAAAUGAUAAUGAAAUUAUCAACGAAAAAGUUCAUCUGGAAAAACCUGUAAAAGAUACUAUUAAAACAACCAUUAAUAAUGAUUUUUCUGAUAAACGUUUAAAUGAAGUUAAACAACGUUUAAAAGCUCGACAAGCUGAACGUGAUAGUAAAACAACAGUGACAAAAACAAAGCUUAUUUCAUUAGAUGAAGCUGUUCGAUUAUAUAAUGAAGAGAAGAAACAAGCAGAAGAACAUUUAAUCCAGCAAACAACAGCAAGGUUACUUGGGAAUAUGUCUCUUUCAAAAGCCACAUUUGGUCUGCCACCAACAACAUGUAAAACUGAUCUUACAUAUCGUAAAACUACCAUUGAAAAAGAUAAUGAUGAUGAUGAUGAUCAUAUAGAUGAACUUGGUCGAGAAAAAACAGAAAUAGUAUCAGAUCAUGAAAGUGAUGAAGUUGAUUAUCCAGAUGAUGAAGAAGAAAACGAUGAUGAUUAA